UCAGAUGAACAUUUAACAGCAACAGAUCACUUAGUUGUUUGUUAUUUGUUAUUGUCUCUGCUUAAUUUCCUUUUGAUUGUUAUCUAUAUCCUAAAUAACCCUUUUUAAUUUCCAAAGAUCAUCACUUCACUUGGCGCUUGCUCCUACCAUUCAUUUCCCUUUGUUCAUUUGAUUUUGUGCUUCUUCAACAUCCGAGAACAAUGGAUGAACAGCUUAAGAUACUAAAAGUCAUUGUUGUGCAAGGGAAAAGAUUAGUGAUCCGGGAUUUCAAGAGCAGUGACCCUUAUGUUGUUGUCAAGCUGGGGAAUCAGACAGCAAAGACCAGGGUCAUUCGUUGUUGCCUGAAUCCUGUAUGGAAUGAAGAGCUGAAUUUCACUCUGACAGAACCUUUGGGAGUUCUCAAUUUGGAAGUAUUUGAUAAAGAUCUUUGGAAGGCUGAUGACAAGAUGGGAAAUAGUUACCUGAACCUUCAGCCAUUAAUCUCUGCAGCCAGAUUAAGAGAUAUUUUAAAGGUGUCCUCUGGUGAGACUACAUUGAGGAAGGUGACACCGGAUAGUGAAAAUUGUCUUGCCCGUGAAAGUAGCAUCAAUUGUGUUAAUGGCGAAGUGCUACAAAAUGUUUGGCUAAGGCUUCGUGGGGUCGAGUCUGGGGAGCUACAACUGACCAUCAAGUUGAUCACUUCUGCUGCUUCUCCAAAAUAGUGCCCUUAUCCUUUCUUUGAUUUCAUAAUAUUUUGCUGUUGAACUCCUCAUAGUCAUAGAUACCAAAUCUAAUUUUGUAGUUAAUUAGUUGGUGGUGAGCUAGAUCUCAAAGCCACUUGAAGCUGUAUAUUCAAAUGAAAAUGCUUUUGAUUCAUGGCUUCUUCUAAGUUGUGUUGUGUUUGUCUUCCCUUGUAUCACAUCAUCACAAAUUAAUAAAACAAGCCUUUUAUUUUAGCAAUUAACACUCA